CGAGUGCCUGUGCACAAACAUUAUUACCGCCCUCAUAUCGGAACUCUUCUAUAUUAAAAAACACAUAUAGUCACCUGCUUGGCAACGCGACGCAAUCAGAUAAAUCGCGUUUUAUCGAUUUUCAUUCCUUAGGACAUUUUAUCAGCGUUGCAUCAAAUAAACCAGCAAACACUUUCUCCAUCAUGGCUAGCUCUGGAAUCGCUGAACACAACGAGGCCAGGAGGAAGGCAGGACGGGCAGAACUGCUGGCCUUCAGAAAAAAGCAGCUGCUGGAAAAAUUUACCGACAGUGAUAAUUUAAAUGGGCUAAUCAAUGGAGGUGGUACAUAUGAGGAGGAAAUUUCACGAAAAUCCGGAAUUAAUGGAACAACUAGUCCAAAUUGUGCUGCCAAUGUUGACAGGCAACGACGGGAGUUGAUAAGACAACAACAAUUAGUGGAAUAUUCUGCAAAGCUUCCAAAACGAUUUAGUUCUACAGAUUACGUCAGUCAGUGGUGACUCUGGGGAGGAGUUUUAUGAACAAAACAUGCAUUUUGGUAACAGCUGGUGAAAAGAAAAUUCAGUCAUUUUAAGGACAUUGAGUAUAAUUUGCCUUUUAAAGUUUGUGGGAAAUGUAGUCAAUUUAAAUCAAUAUAGCAGAACAUAUGUUAGAAAUGCUUUAAUAAACCACAUUUUCUUAUCACUGAUUGCACACAAAGGAAAACUAAAUGUUAGCUUUUUGUUUGCUAUGUAUUGAUUAGUGGUGCUUUUUGUUCAAGGUGUAAAAAAUUUAUAUAUCUGUCAAUAAUUGAAUGUUUUGAUUGAAAAACUGAUAAAACUCAGAGUGUUAGUCAUGUGAAUUUUAAACUAGUUGUUCAGAGAUCUAAAUAUUUAAUCAGACUUUGGAUAUAUAAGUUAGUAUCAGACAGUGUUACUGAUUCUCAAUGUGUAUACACAUGUGCCUGUUUUCAACUUUUAUUGUACAUUGUUUGAAAAGAACCUGACAGAACUUGUAAUUGCUGAGAGAAUUGCAUGUAUAUUUAUAACGUAAAAAUGAGCUUUUUAAAGCAUUGUUAUCAUUAUUAGAGAUAUUUCUGUUUGUUGCCUUUUGUUUAGAAAUUCUUUAGAACUUUCUAGAAGGUGGUGUUUUCUUGGGUCAAUCUGUGUUUUGGACCUGCAUGCUCAGUAUUUUAUUUGUGAUUGUGCACUUAAAGCACGUGGAUCAUUUAUUUUCUUGUUUGUAUUUCAUCACUGUGAUAUUGCCAUGACAACAGUAUUAUUCUAUUUUACACAGAUGAAUUGUUAACAUUUGUAUAUUUUUACACAUAUUUAUUUCUAUCACUACUGUAUAUACACAUUACGUGUCACUCUCUCUAUGUUGUGUGUAUAACUGUUUUAAAGGGUUUGAAACGUGUAACAUGUCUGUAUCGAGUACACUAAACGUAUUUAGAGGAAAUAAAUCACAUUUCUUACAUUGUAAUGUACUCUGUACUCCC